GAACGGCCCGCGGCCGACGUUUCGCCUCCCACCGCGAUCUCGAACUCCUCCCGCCAAUCCCUCUCCUCCUUUAAACCGAGAUAAUGGUCUCCAUCACCUACGUCUGCGCCGAGGUUCGGAUCGACUCCGCCGCUAGUCUGCACGCAUGCAUUCUCCUAUGCUUUCUGGGCAUCAGGACUGUGAAGCUCAGCUGAGAAUGGGCGCGAGUAGGUCCGGCCACUCGGCUGAGGAGUGCUGCAGUGGCGUUGUGCAGAACGGCGGCGGUAGAGAUGCACUACCAAGACCCCCGGCAGGUUCAGCAUUGAGUUCUUGGGGCAAUGAGAGAAAGGUAAAUGGAAAUGUAGGGGGCUGUGACAAGGAGAGCGAUGCUGCAGGGUUUCUGUUUCCUGGUUUCCGGUUGAAUUCAGGGCAAGCAAGGGUGACAAAUAACCAGCUCAAGUUUUGUCAAGGUUUCCCACAUGAUGAUAUUGUUCCAUAUGUAAACUUCACGAGCGAUGUCAGAGAAAAUCCUCCUAGUUCUUUUUUGCGAUUGAUGCGACCCAUAAACACCUUGAAAAACAUUGUCGAUGAUGGUUCUUUUGAAUCAGUACUUCAAGCAAGUUCUAGAUCUUUACAAGAAAUGCUCUCAAACAUUGUCUUUCCGGUGCCAAAUAAUGGCUCGUGCAUGAAUUUUGUCACAAGUGAUAUGUUGAAUAUGAUGGAUGAGAAUAAAGAGGAGUGGAUGAGCAACAGCAGCAGCAGAGCGAUUCCGACAUUGGAGAACUGUCAUCUAGGAAUGCUUCAAAUAUCAAAUCAUCAGAUGUUUAACCUCGCAUCAGAAGAAUUCAGUUGUAAAGAACUGCAAAUGAUCUUAUGCAAAGAGUUGACAAAUAGUGAUGUUUCAAACAUUGGGAGAAUUGUACUACCAAAGAGGGAGGCUGAGGCUUAUCUUCCUCCAUUAUCUGAAAGAGAAGGGAUCCUGCUUGACAUGGAUGACAUGACACUUGCAGUUACAUGGAAGUUCAAGUUCAGGUUUUGGCCAAACAACAAGAGUAGAAUGUAUAUAUUGGAGAAUACAGGUAUGGAAGAACAACUUCAUAGUUUCUAGACCACAACUCAUUCUUAUUUUUUCCAUGAUCAGCUGGUUUUGUCAGAGCACAUUGCCUUCAAGCAGGGGACUUUUUAUUCAUCUACAGGAAUCCAACAUCCGGGAAUCAUAUUGUCAGAGGAAACAAGGGAAUGCCACAGCGGAGUCCUUUGGAUUCACUACAGUAUAGCAGUAGAAACCAGUUCAUCGUCAAUGAAGACUGCUGCAGCUCAACAUUACAUGUCAAGAAAGCUAGAAGUGAUAGGAGGCACUCUCCUAUCAACCCAAACAAAAUAAUUGGACAUGGCAGCAGUUCUCUCACCAUGACUGAGCUAAAUGAUCUUGAAGGGGACAUUACUUGUCAUCCUCACUAUUUUCCUGAAUAGAUGUUUGUUUUACGGCAUUUACAUCUUGAAAACUUAAGAUAUUGUUACUUAAUUUUCUUAGGUUACUUAUGAUUUUUGGGAUAGCCAGCACUAAAAUGUUUACUGUUAGAAUUAUUUAAGAUAUGCUUCUUUAAUGUUCUU